AUGCUCAUCAUGAUGUACAAAACUAAGAACGUACAAUCACAACAAAAAUUGUGCACAUCAUCUUCGGGUCUGCCGAAAUCGCGACAAUCUCCAAUCGACAUCACUCGCGCCGCCGUGUGGAGUAAGAAAUUUCCUCCCUUACUUUUGACAAAUUAUUGGUCAAACGAUGGUACAGCGAUACUUACAAACACCGGCAAAACAGUCAACAUCGAAUUGGCAAACAGAAAAAUGCCGAUAAUGCGCGGCGGUCCUUUGAAAGAUGAUGAAUUUCAAUUUAUGAACGUACAGUUUCGAUGGGGCCCGUCCGACUGUCGAGGCGCGGAACAUUCUAUUGACAACAUUUGGUAUUCAAUGGAGGCGCAAGUUAUGCAUUGGAAUACGCGUUAUGGAUCGAUAGACAAUUGCUACGACAAGUCCGAUGGAAUUGCAAUACUCUCCUACCUUAUGCAGGUUGUUGGCUGUCCUGGUAUUCCAGAUAAUACUGCACUUGCUCCAAUAACUAAUAAACUAUCGGAAAUUAAACAGACGGAUAGCACUGUAAAUAUUACUCCGGAUUGUUUACGUUGGAUGAUGCAUGCAUGUACUUACUCCGGAUAUUAUACUUAUUCAGGCUCUCUUACUUUUCCUCCAUUUAAUGAAUGCGUCACUUGGAUAAUUGUGCCAAAUGCGAUAAAAAUAUCUUCCUGCCAAAUUGAAGCAUUCAGAAGUCUUUAUAAUAAUAAAUGGGAGCAUAUAGUAAGAAAUUACAGGUCGCAACAUUUUCUUCGUGGAAGAAGGAUGUUCUUUGCUACAAAUGAUGCAACAGUUUGAUUGAUAUAUAAAUAACUACAUAAAUUAGCUAACUUCAAAUAUUAGUUUUAUUGGAUUUAUAUUUAAAUUUAUAUAAAAUACAAUAUGUCAUAUAAUUUUGCAUUUACUUUGUACAAAAUUUUCUAAUUACUUUUUGUUCUGCAAUAAAUAAUUUUUAAUUCGUGCAAUAAUGACAAGUUAUACAAAUACAAAUACAAGUAAGUGAAAUAUUGAAAAUAGUAAAAGUCAGGUUAUGCGUGUUUGACGUUUUAAUUUUUACGUUAUAUAUUUUUGUAUUAUUCUAUUAUAUGUAAAUACAUAUAUUACAUUUUUAAGGCACAACCCCAAAAAAUGCUCAAGCACCGAUCGAUUUAAAUAA